AUGACUGUGAUCCCUGAUUGUAAAGACAAUAGCACCUUGUACGUCGCUCUGAAGGAAGCGGUAGCAUUUACUUUAGAUAUUCAGCAGUUGUUCCAUUGCCUACUCGUUAAGCCAGAGGACAGGGACCUUCUCAGGUCCUUCUGGUUUGAAGAUUACAACCCAGAAAAGAGUUUUAUCGAGUACAGGGUGAAGGUAAAUAUCUUCGGGAACAUUCCUUCUCCUGCUGUUGCGAUUUAUGGGCUUAGACAUGCAGCAAGAGAGGCUGAGACAGAGUUAAGAGCAGAUGUUGAAAGGUUCAUAGCAAGGGAUUUCUACGUGGAUGAUGGUUUAAGAUCACUACCAUCUGCAGCAGCUGCAAUUGAUCUCCUCAAGAGGACACAAGCAGCCUUGGCACAUUCCAACCUAAAGCUUCACAAAAUCGCCUUUAACAGUAAGGAGGUUAUGGACGCAUUUUCUUUGGAUCACCAAGCUAGUGAGCUAAGAGACAUGGACCUAGGCAAGGUUGCUGUGCCUGUACAACUCUGUGGUACAGAGACAUAUAUUCCUCAUCGCUAUCACUUUGUGAAUGAGAAUAAAACCUGGAGUGAAGCUCAGACUUACUGCAGACAGAAAUACACUGAUCUCGCCUCCAUCAACAACAUGGAAGAGAUGAUGAAGCUGAAUAACACACUGAAGAUGGAAACUGUAAACCAAGCUUGGAUCGGUCUACAGAGAGGAGACACUGGGAGAUGGCAGUGGUCUCUGGCAGACCAAACUUUCUACAGAGAUGGAGACACUUACAGAAACUGGAAAAGUGCUGAACCAAUCAACAAGGGGGGAAAUGAGUUUUGUGUUGAGAUGUAUGUGGAUGGAACAUGGAAUGAUAAUAUGUGUGAUGUGUCACAAUAUUUUGUGUGUUAUGAAGAGAAGGACACAAACACCAAAAGCUACAUAUUGCUUAAUAAACAAAAGACCUGGCGUGAUGCUCAGACCUACUGCAGAGAGAACUACAUCGACCUGGUCAGUGUGAGGAACCAAACUAAGAAUGAAAAGAUCAGGAAAAUCAUUCAAAAUUCUUCUUCUUCUGGCUUUUGGAUUGGUCUGUUUAAUGACUCCUGGAAGUGUUCAGAUCAGAGUAAUUCCUCAUUCAGAUACUGGAGCUCUAACAAACCCAGUGGAGGUUUAAACUGUGCUGCAGUGAAAGUGUCUGAUCAACUCUACUGGAGUGACGUGAACUGUACAGAAAACCUCCCGUUCAUCUGCCAUGAGAACAAACUUAUAUUGAUCAAGCAGAAUCUGACCUGGAAAGAAGCUCUGAGAUACUGCAGGAACAAUCAUUAUGACCUGGUCUCAGUGCUCACUCAGGAGAUGCAGCUCUGGGUGAAGGAAGUGGCUCGAAACGCCUCCACUGAACACGUGUGGCUCGGCCUGCGUCACACCUGCACUCUGGGCUUCUGGUACUGGGUGACUGGGCAGACAAUCUGCUACCAGGACUGGGCCCGGGGGAACGGGACAGGGUUUGAAGACUGCAGGAAUGAGGAGAGAACCGGAGCAGUUCAGUCUAGAGGAGAGCAGCAGUGGAUCAGCCUGCCUCAGAGCAACACACUCAACUUCAUCUGCUCUAACUAUGAAAGUUAG